AUGUCUGCUCAGACUUCUCCACCUGCUGCCGGACACGGCAUGGAUACAGCUGCUGUCCUUAUCCGCAGGCAGGCCGACACACACACACAAACACACACACCGGUGCAAAACGAUGAUUUGCUCUCUGAAAAUAGGUGCCAGCCAUGCGUGGGCUCUCUGUGUCUGCAGGCCGUGUGCUGUGCGGACAUGGCCCACUGCUGCCCCUCGGGGUAUCGCUGCAACCAGGCCACGCAAAUGUGCGAGAAGGUCGGCCAGCCGUGGGUGAGCGUUCCCAUGGAGACCAAGCAGGCCGCCCAGGAACCGGAUCUGUCCCUGACCCCCUUUCAGCAGCUGGGAAUCAGCAACGCCCCGGACGCAAAGAGGAGUUCGGCCGUCCACUGUGACAAUUACUACAUGUGUCCCGAUGGGACCACUUGCUGCAGACACCCAAAAGGCGCCUGGUUCUGUUGUCCCUACUCUCCUGGGAGAUGCUGUCUGGAUGGCUACCACUGUUGCCCAUAUGGCUACGACUGUGACCUCACCUACACGCACUGUGUGAGGCAAGGUCUGAGUUAUCCAUUCACCCCCAAAAAAGCCCUGACUUCCGUCCCCGCCUCUCUCAUUUCGAUGUCGGAGGACAACAGCCACACGAAGGAGACACCAAUGACAGCUCUAAAGGAGGCCCAUGACAGCCCCUUAGAUCAAGGGGUAAUUCGCUGCGAUGACAGGUAUUUCUGCCCCAACGGGUCAUCUUGCUGUCCGGGACCUAAAGGCCAGUGGACCUGCUGCCCUUACCCACUGGGGACCUGCUGUGCCGAUGGAAAACACUGCUGCCAGUUUGGAUCUACGUGCGACCCGCUGACCUUCCAGUGCAGAGUACGCUCAUGA